CUUCGGGGUUCUUAUAUCUAUUGUCCUACUGAUUUCUGCAGAAGGAUUGACACUUGCUAUGUUAGUUGAUAAUCUAAAGCCGGAAAAUCUAGGCGAAACUCUUUUUAAAUUCAAAAAAAUGUUUGUACUUAUUACUGAAGUAGCAUUAAUACUUCUUGUAACUAAUGGUUACAAGUCUAUAACUGAUGAUAUAAUUGCCCGCGAAGAAGAAAGGCAAAUACCUGUAGCAAAGUUGACAUUUAUCACGUAUUCUGCAUAUUUUCUGGCCACCUUCAUGGUUUUGUGGGCCUAUGGUCGCUGCAAUACACAAAGUACCAGUGAUUUGGAUUCUGAGAACGUUAUUAAAGAUCAAGAAAUUUGUAACCCUGAUUAAGAAAAAUAAU